AUGGAGAAAUCAAUUGACAUGAACAUUAUCCAUAUUAUUUCAGAUACAUUUCGACGCGAUAACCUCGCUAUCUAUGGUGGAAAAGGAUACACGCCGUCCCUGAAUGCCUUCUCGGAAAAAUGUGUCGUUUUUGACAAAGCGUAUGUGUGUAGUUAUCCGACUGUCCCGAUCCGAGGGGAUUUGGUGACAGGUCAGGUUGGUAUCUGCCGGCGGGGAUGGGAGCCGUUGAAGCGAGAUGUCCCUGUCAUCGCGAAUGAUUUAACGGACGCUGGGGUCGUUAGCAUGAUGAUCGCAGAUACGCCCCACCACAUCAACAACGGUUUCUUUUACAAUCGCGGGUUCACUGGAUGGAAAUGGAUCCGAGGACAGGAAGGCGAUUGCUUGGAGACGCAUCCGUACGAUUACGAAUCACAGGACGCAUUACAGUAUCGCGAGUAUACACGAACACAUCCGAACAAGUUGCCCGCUGGACUCGGAAACCACCUGAGAAAUAUUGCGUUUCGGCAGACCGAGGCAGACACUUUCGUUGCACAGACCGUGCAGACGGCUUGCGACUGGUUGGAGCGUAACCAUCAACACGAAAACUUUUAUCUGAUGGUGGACACCUUCGAUCCACACGAACCGUGGGAUGCCCCUGAAUGGUAUCUAAACCGUUUCGACGCAAGCGACUACGACGGACCGGAACCGAUCUAUCCACCCUACGGUCCCAAUCCGAUGAAUGAACGCGAGACGGAACGUCUCAACGCGCUCUACCGUGCUGAAGCAUCACUGGUUGACAACUGGAUCGGACAACUCUUACGGAAAAUUGACUACAUGGGCUUGAUGGAAAACACGAUGGUGAUUUUCAUGGCGGACCACGGCUUCCUAUUGGGUGAACACGGACUGCUCGCUAAAAACCUUAGCAUGUAUGAAGAGAUUGUCCAUAUCCCAUUACUGGUUUAUCACCCGGAGGCGACACCACGUCACACAGAUGCGCUCGCCAGUAUUAUCGAUAUUCCGCCUACCGUUAUUGAUGUAUUUGGGGCAGAACGCGCAGCACAGGUGGAGGGUAACAGUCUUCUCCCAGCUAUCAUGGGAGAUACCGACACAGGACGUGAGUAUGCAAUUACGCAUGGCGCCUGGGUCGGCGGAUGGAGUCCUGAUGGUGGAAGCCCGCAUGGAAACAUCACCGAUGGCACCUGGUCCCUGCUUUUAGAGAACCAAGGCGCACCGAAUCAGUUAUUCCAUUUACCCUCUGAUCCGGAUCAGAUGCAGAAUCGGUUUGAGUCAGAUACGUCAGAGGCGCGUCGGCUCUACCAAGCAUUUUUGGACUUCUUAGCACAGCACGGCGCACCUGCAGCAAUGGUGACAGAAUUCCAGAAUCGGUGGCAGGAUUGA